AUGUCGAUUCUAAGCCUGUUCAAGAGGGAUGGAGAACAGUCUUUACUGCGAAGAAGGAACUCAAACUACACAUUCAAGAGUUCUAGCGGGAUAUUGCAUAAUAGUGUCAUACGACAGUUCUAUAUCGAGGUGAAAGAACCACACAGGGUCUGGAAACCUAAUGAGUACAUUAGCGGCGAAGCCGUUUUGGUGAUUAAGAAGGAUGUGACCAAUAUUGCGUUGAGGUUAGUGUUGUCGAGCGAAAUAAAGGUACGAGCGUGCACCGGUGCCACUGGUAGAAGGAAAAGAGCCGAACGGUUGUAUGAAAAAUCCACUCUUUUGUAUGGUGAAGACUUGGCAGAAGGAACUGGCGACGGCAUAAUCAAUGGAUUGACCAAGGGGGAGCACAGAUUCCCGUUUAGGAUAAAAAUACCUUCAGGAAGAAAGGUAUUCAGCUCGAUCAAAUUCGAACGCGGCUCAAUUCGUCAUUUCUUGCAGUGUCAGAUCGAGAGCAUCGGUAGCAAGCAAGCUGAAAAACCCAUAUCCUGUUGUGAGGAGAGCUUUGCUGUGAUAGUACCCGUGGAUGUCUCAGAGCUGCCGUCUCAGAAAGUUAAGAAAGUCGUCUUGCAGUCGGCGUCGAUGGUACGAAAGCAGCCCAGAGCGGUCGGAGACGGCUCAUCAUCUUCGCUUACCAGGGCAACUAAUCAAUCUAGCACAUCCAACUCAUCGAAUGGUUCGAAUAAAGAACUGAAUCUGGUGGAUAAAACGGUCACGAUCUCGGUGAACAUUCCGCAUUCUGGAUUUGCUAUAGGAGAAACUGUACCGGUCAACGUCGCUGUUCAACAUUACAAGGAGUUUUGCCAUCCAGCAGGGCUUAUAGUCACACUUACUCGAAUUUGCCGGGUGAACAGCGGUAGUAAGGAUGAGCCGAUGGAGACUUUCAGGAAAGAUUUAUGUCAAAGCAUCUCACCGCUUUAUGUGGAUGCCAAGACUUUAAAUAGCAAUCUGACGGUUUACUUGAAGGUGCCCAUCGAAACUUUCUCAACUUUCACCAGCUUGCACAAAUAUUUCACCUUUCAGUACUACAUUGAGGUGGUUGUUAACCUAUCUCAGAAGAACAUCGUCUAUACCGAGUCCAAUCGAGCCAUUGGGGUACCGAGUGAAUCCGUGCACUCUCAGCAAGGCGCGAAUCUGGAGGAGAACUUGAGCCAGAUUCAGAGGAAAUUUCUCAUGAUGGUCGGCAACGAUUCAUCGAUGAACGAGCAAAAUAAUAUUGAAUCUAACAUUUUCUAUAAGGAUAUGGUAAAUGUCGAGAAGCUAAAAAGGCAAAAUAACGUAACCGGCAUGUCGAUAGAAACCGUGAUCGGGACCACCAGAUCGCAGAACCCACCACAACCCGUCGAGCUCGAUCAAACCACACAGAUUGAAAAUGUGCUCGCAGAGUCGCCUUUGGCCUCCAAUACUGCAUCUCCAAAGCACGCUGGUGGCGACUGGUUGAACCCACCGUAUGUGUACGAGCACUAUCCUCCAGUGCCACAAUACACACCUAACAAGGAUAUCCGCGUCAUCAACGACAAGCAGGAAAUGGAAUACAUGAGGCUGAAGCAAUUGGAGAGCAGCCCUCCCAGAGAUUACUAA